AUGAACUGCCCCUCAAGAACCGACCAGCGCCUCGAGCAUCCCGACUGGAAUCAGAACCCAGCCGCACUCACCGCUGACCUGACCACUCGUGAGGACCUCAAUGGCACUGUCAACUCGAGAUCAUUUAGGAGUGGCUUGAGCCAGUCUGAUACUCAGUGUUCGGAGGAUGCCAAGAACCUUGACAGCUCUCUCGAGAAGCUGCCUGGGUACCAUUCACUCACCCAGAGCCCGGGUGCAGAUGCCGGUCGUCAACUUUCUCUCAAAGAGGAUUCAGACACCUUCUCUGCCACCCGCGCUCUGGCUCCCGUGAGCCGUAGCAGCAUUUGCCCUAAUGGGGUCUACCGGAAAUUCCGCCAGCAUCGCGCCUGGAUCUGGUGGACCGUAUUGCUUGUUUUCGUUGCAUCCUUGUCGUUUUAUUUUGGAGGUCUAACUUUCUCUCUUGUUUCUAACAUGAAAUCACGAUUGGUGGGUGAUAUGCCGAUUCGGCGUCUCUCCAGGCGGGGAACUUGUUCGAAUGAUCCCAGUGGCGCCGGGAGUGACUACAACACUCCGCUGCAUGUUGGGGCUCUCUUAAUUAUUCUUGGGGUUUCAACUUUAGCUUGCUCAUUUCCACUCCUCGCUGUUAAAAUCCCCUGGUUGCGCAUUCCAUCGACCUUUCUGUUCAUAGUGAGACAUUUCGGAACUGGAGUGCUCUUGGCAACGGCUUUUAUUCACCUAUUGCCAACCGCAUUCGGCUCUCUCAAUAACCCAUGCCUGCCCUCAUUCUGGACCACGGAUUAUCAGCCAAUGCCAGGCGCUAUUUCUUUGUUAGCUGUAUUUCUCGUCACCAUUGUUGAAAUGGUCUUCAGUCCCAGCAGACACUGUUGCUCUGGCGGAGCGGACGUCUAUACCUCAUCGAGAUCGAAGGAUCACGAAAACAAAGCAGUUAAACAGUCCGCCACUAGCCCAGAUUGGGAUACGACAAAGCCAGAACCAAAUGUAACUACAGAUGCCUCCAUGCGACGGGAUCGCCCAUUGGUUGGUAAUUCUAACAGCAUGGGCCGUGAAUUGGCUCACAUGAAUGCUGGCCUAGUGGAAAUGGAGAGAAUCGAAGCAUCUCAGUCGCCUAAUGUACCAGCUACCAAGACGAUAGUCGAUGAACAGUCAAGCGAUGGACAAGCAAGCGAAGAUGGCAACUCCAUUAAAUUGACGCCUCAACAACAUCUUAAGAAGGCAGUGAUGCAAUGUACGCUGCUGGAGAUGGGUAUCCUGUUCCAUAGUGUUUUCAUUGGCAUGGCUCUGUCUGUAUCGGUUGGGGGCCCGUUUAUCGUGCUUUUGGUUGCCAUUUCCUUCCAUCAAACAUUUGAGGGUCUCGCAUUAGGCUCUCGCAUCGCCGUGAUAAACUGGGAAAAUAAGGCCUUACAGCCUUGGAUCAUGGCCUUAUUAUACGGUUGCACCACGCCCGUCGGUCAGGCUAUUGGACUAGCGACCCACACCCUCUACGAUCCAGACUCCGAAGUUGGCCUGGUCAUGGUCGGGGUUAUGAAUGCUAUCUCCUCGGGGCUUCUCAUCUACUCUUCAAUGAUCGAACUGCUAGGUGAGGAUUUCCUGAGCGACGAAAGCUGGCGCAUUCUUCGGGGUAGACGUAGAAUCAUCGCCUUUUUCCUAGUCUUCAUGGGUGCGUUUGCCAUGAGUCUUGUUGGCGCUUGGGCUUAA